ACCACCCCAUCAUCUCCACCGCCUCCUCCACCUUGUCCGUCUUCCGCAGCUCGUUCCGUGGGCCCUUGCGAUGGACCCGACCGGACUCCCUCCGACCAACCACCGGUUCGGCCUGAUCCCCCCAAACCCACGCAGCGUCGGCGGCGGUCACCGGCGCGCCCACUCCGAGACCUUCCUCCACCUGCCCGACGACCUUCUCUUUGACUCCGACCCCGACUUCAGCAUCUCCGACAUCGACUUCCCUUCACUCUCCGACGACAGCCUCUCCGCCGGCGACGCCGUCGCCCCAGGCGGCGGCCCGCCACCGGUCGACUCGAGGAGGUCGGAUCCGCCGGCGGUGGAGCAGGGGAGGGCGGGGAAACCCGCUGGAGGUGCUCACCUCAGGAGCCUCUCUGUCGAUGCUGCGUUCUUCGAGGGGCUGUCGUUCCAGGCUGCGCCGGCAUCUGCCGCCCCCGCUGGCGGCGGAGACGGGAUGCAGGAUAAGAGGGGGCUCCACCGACGGAGCGGAUCGAUGGACGGGGCCACCUCGCCGUUCGAGGGGCAGUCGGCUUCAUCGACGUCGGAUUGCGCCAAGAAAGCGAUGGUGGCGGAUAAGCUCGCCGAGCUGGCCCUGAUCGACCCGAAGAGGGCAAAAAGGAUUCUUGCAAAUAGGCAAUCUGCUGCCAGAUCAAAGGAGAGGAAGAUUCGGUACACUAGUGAACUUGAACGGAAGGUGCAGACACUUCAGACAGAGGCAACCACUCUUUCAGCACAGCUUACACUUUUACAGAGAGAUACUACUGGUUUGACGGCAGAGAACAGAGAACUCAAGUUGCGGUUGCAGGCCAUGGAACAACAAGCAAAACUUCGUGAUGCUUUGAAUGAGGCUUUAAGGGAAGAAGUGCAGCGGCUCAAGAUAGCAACCGGACAGCAUCCAAACAUUAAUGGGAAUUGCUUUAAUGGAGGACAUCAGCGGACUGUGCCACCCUAUUUCUCUCACUCACAGCAGUUGCCUCACCUGAGUGGACAGCAGGCUCAGCAUCAUCAUCAAUCUCCAUCUCAGAGUUCUUCAAAUGGCCAGUCUGUGAGUGGUCCCUCCAUGAGUGACUCGAUGGACUUCAUGUGACGACAUAAUCAAUCAGUAGCUACAAUUUCUGCUACCUGUGCCUAUAUCACCGAAAGGAAUUCAGCCAAGGUGAGGCAUAGCUCAUGUACACUAAUGCAUGUCUUCUAGGGAAUUGUUGUUCUUUGUAUGUUGAUUAUAAUAAUAUUUGUAUCCAAGAUAUUUGAUUGGAAGUAUGUUUUAAAAAAUUCAGACUGAUAUUUCUGUGCUUAUUAUAACUCUGUACAGAAGUUGCUAAGAGACCUUUCUUCUUCAGGAUGAAAGGUGGGUAUGAGGAAUGCUAACAUUUAUCAGAGGUAGCAUAAAUUUGUCCUUUUAAACACAUGAUAUGGAAUUUUUGCUUCAAUGGUGCAGUGGACUGAACUACACAUUUCGU